AUGGCGGACAAGGAGUAUACCUACCAGGAUGUUGCCGAGCACAACACCAAGAAAGAUCUUUUUGUCGUUAUCCACGAUAAGAUCUACGAUUGUACAAAAUUCGUCGACGAACAUCCAGGUUAUGCUAGAUGUUGGUGGCCAAGAUGCGACAGAGGCUUUCGAAGAUGUCGGCCACAGCGCGAAGCCCGAGAAACCUUAGAGCAACUCCUCGUCGGUACUCUUAAGCGAAAUCCCGGUGACCCGUCCCCCAAGGCCCAACAGUCCUCCCUUGCGCCUGCCGCCAACACAAGCUCUGCUGGUUUGGGAACUGCUGUGUACGCUAUUAUCUUCAUCGGAGGUAUACUCGGUUUCGGUGCUUUCCAAUACCUCCAGUCGCAGCAAGGCAAGGAGGCUUAG